AUGUUUUAGGAUAGAGGAGUUAAUCAGUAGGCUGUAGACAAUCAAAACUUGUCAAGCAAUGGUGAUAGUCCCCAGUAAAAUGAUUAUAAUGAUGAGGCUAAUGGUGCCCCUCAAUAAGAUAACUAGGAGAUGAUGGAUUUGAAUGUAUAUGAGGAUGAUGAUGACGAGACAUUGCAUAGAAAAUUGAUUGCUGCAAAGAUUGCUAGAAAACGAGCUGAAGAGGAUCAAAAGCUCUUAUCGAAUAGAAUUCAAUUACUCAGACAAGAAGAACAAAAGGCAUGGAAAAAAAUUGAUGAAACAAAGAAGCGUGCAAAAGAGAUUAUAUCCCAAAGGUAGAGAAACCAGGAGCACAUGUAACAAAAAAUGGAACGACAAAGAUAAAAAGAAGAAGAGGAGUAACAGAGAUAAGCUUAAAACAGAGCUUUUAAAGAGCAACUCAAGUAAAACAUUCAUUAAUAGAAGUCUGGGUUUGAGGAGAAGGUAAAGAGUUAGGUUGACAAUGUGAAACAAGAAAAACGCGACCAAAAAGAUUUCUUACACAUCUAGAAACAGCAGGAUUACUUGAAGAAUAGCUCACUUAAGUAAAUGAUUAAGGGCCAAUAGAAAGAGGCACAGGAAAAAAAGCAGAGGGACUUAAUGGAGAAGUAGGCGCGAACUCGCCAGUAAAUUGAAGAAAAGGCCUUUAGGGAAGAGUCAAAAAGACUUGAACAUGAGCAAAUGGUAGCAAGAAUGGAAUAAGAAGAAUUAGAACUAAUUUAGAGAUUGUAAAAUACUCAAUUAUUGUAGAAAGCUGCCUAUGAAGAUCUUGAACAUGCUUUGGUUAAUGGUGGUAGUGCAAACGGUAACUAAUAAAAUAAUGAAAGACCUGGCACAACAUCUCAGAAAGGAAAGAAUGGUGUGGCAAGAGUCGUUUCAUCUCAAGGUUCAAGGAAAUGA